UUGGCACAGAGCUUCCAGCGGUGACUUUUCCGUCUUGCCGGCCGGUUUCGGCGGUCGGUGAUCCACCGCCCCCGAGUUCCGGGCCGUGCCGGCUCAGGAUCCCAAGAGAGUCGGAACGCGUGCCGGUUCGGCGAUAAGAUAAGAAAGAUCGGACAGCGCCGUUGGUCAUGGAUUCACUUUGGUCGAUGCCAUGCUUCCAGUCGCUUUGGGGGCGACAUCAACAGCAGUGUAGAGAAAAUGUGCCACAUUGUGUCUUCAUAGGGCGUCCCCAGCAACAAGUUUGCUAUCUUAAAAGAUGUCGCCCACCUGUCGCUUCUCUCCCUUACCGGAACAUAGGUAGGUCUCCAGCGUGUCUUCAAUUUGAGUAACAUCUGUGCCUCUUCUCGUGAGCACAUGUCCUAAUGACUCGUCCUCCUCAGAGACCUUUUGCUUUAGUUUAGUUUCAAUUUACUCCUCU